AUGGAGCCGCCUGCCAAGAAACCCAGGACGCUCCUCGACGACAGUUCGAGCGAGUCUGAAGGCGAAAGCGGAGGUGUUCGCCUAAACGGCGACAAGGCGACUGGCGAGCCAGUGCUGAAAAUCAACGAGGAGUAUGCGCGCCGUUUUGAGUACAACAAGAAAAGAGAGGAAAAGCAGCAGUUGGAGGCCAAACUGGGUAAAUCAGUUGCUUUUGGUAAAAAGAGAGCGCACGAUGAUGAUGAUGAAGAUGCAUCCGGCGGCUCUGACGAGUCAUCGUCAGAAGAAGAAGAUGAGGAUGGAGAACUGGUUACACCGGAUCUCGACAACGAGAUCAUGGCUACCUUGAAUGCGAUCAAAUCAAAAGAUCCGAGGGUCUACGACAGCAAUGUGACAUUCUACUCUAAAUUCGACGAAGAUGCGUCCGGAAAGCCUGCAGAAAAGAAGGAGAAGGACAAGCCUAUGACCCUGCGCGACUACCACCGCGAGAACUUGCUGAAAGGUGUGGCAAACGGAGAAGAGGAGGAAGAGCAAGCUCCCAAGUCUUUCGCGCAGGAACAGGAGGAUCUGAAGAAGACCAUCGUCAAGGAAAUGCAUGCUGUGGCGGAUGGAUCGGAUGACGAGGAUGACGGUUUCCUUGUUCAAAAAUCAGUCACACAUCCUCCUCCUGAGCCUAAGAAGAAUAUCGAACUGGAUGUCGAAAACGCGGACAAAGACCCAGAGACUUUCUUGUCGAAUUUCAUGGCUGCCAAGGCGUGGAUUCCUGCGGGCGGAUCAAAUGGCCUGAAACCGUUCGAGUCAGAUGACGAAGAGGAGGAUCAGAGGGCGGAAUUGUUCGAAGAAGCGUACAACUUCCGGUUCGAAGACCCCAACAAGGUCAAUGAGAGAUUAAUCACUCAUGCCCGUGAUGCAACCAAGGAGAUAUCCGUCCGUCGGGAGGAAAAGAGCAGCCGCAAGAAGCGCAGAGAGGCGGAACAACAGAAGAGGGAGGAAGAAAAGAAGCAGCGCGAGGCGGAGAAGAACCGUCUCCGCAAACUGAAGAUGGAAGAGCUUGAGGAGAAGGUCAAUAAAAUCAAACAGGCUGCAGGCAUCAGAGCUUCCGAGUUCACGGAUGAGGACUGGGCUCGAUUCCUUGAUGAUAAUUUUGACGAUAAGCAGUGGGAGGAGGAAAUGCAAAAGCGCUUCGGUGAGGACUACUAUGCUGCGCAGGAAGAGAUUGAGAGCGGAGAUGAGGACGGCCAUAAGAAGAAGCGGAAGCCCAAGAAGCCUACGUGGGAUGAUGAUAUUGACAUCACAGAUCUGGUCCCUGACUUCGAGGCAGAGGAAGAGAAGCCUGAUGUCGAUAUGGACGAGGAAGACGGCGAGGAGGGAUCUAAGAAGAGCAAGGGGCAGGAACGCAGAGAAAAGAAACGCGAAGCCCGCAAGGAGAAGAUGCUGAUUGAAGAGGCCGUUGACCGUAACCUUGACCUUGACCCUACUCUUCUCCCGGGUGCUACCAAGAAGAACGCUGGGCGUUUCCGCUACCGUGAGACAUCACCCACGAGCUUUGGUCUGACGGCCCGAGACAUCCUCAUGGCCGAUGACGCGCAGCUGAACCAGUUCGCUGGUCUGAAGAAGCUUGCCCCCUUCCGCGACCCGGAGAAGAAGCGACGGGACCAGAAGAAGCUCGGAAAGAAGGCCAGGGUAAGGCAAUGGCGCAAGGAGACCUUCGGAGACGAAGAAGGACCGAAAUGGGAGAUCCCUGUGCACGAACCUGCUCCUCAGAAGGAGGGCAACGACGAUGAGAUGAAGGUCGACAUUCGCGAGGGAGGAUCCAAGAAGAAGAGGAAGAGAUCGAAGAAGCAUUAA